AGGACUUGACAGCAGAGGCCACCAGGGAUUUCUAUGUAAAGCGAUAACCCCGACUGUCUGAUAGAAUAUUCCUAGUUCCAGUGGGUGUUAGGUGGGAGCAGCAUUCCUCGCCCGGACCACACCGUGAAGAUGAUGCAGUAAUCACUUGAGCAGCUUGAAACGCGGUGGAGAAGGAUGAACAGCGAAGAGGAGUUUUUCGAUGCCGUCACAGGCACAGACUCUGACAAUUCAUCUGGAGAAUUUGCAGACACUAGCCAGCGCAACGCAGGGAUGACGCGCACCAACCUAAACGCGGCGUCUGAGGAUGAGGCGAGUCCGCAGGAGAAUGGGGUUAAGAAGCAUCGGACCACCCUUCCUGCCCCGAUGUUCUCUAGGAAUAAUUUUAGCGUUUGGAGCAUAUUAAAGAAGUGCAUUGGGCUGGAACUGUCGAAAAUCACUAUGCCGAUCAUCUUCAAUGAACCCCUGAGCUUCCUGCAGAGAAUCACAGAGUAUAUGGAGCACACAUACCUGCUGAACAAAGCCUGCUCCUACACAGAUCCCCUGCUCAGAAUGCAGACAGUUGCUGCCUUUGCAGUCUCAGCUGUAGCAUCUCAGUGGGAGAGAACAGGAAAACCCUUUAACCCUCUUCUUGGAGAAACCUACGAAUUAACAAGGGAAGACCUAGGGUUCCAGUUCAUCUCCGAACAAGUCAGCCAUCAUCCGCCCGUUAGUGCCUUUUAUGCAGAGGGGCUGAACAAAGACUUCAUCUUCCAUGGAUCUAUCUACCCCAAGCUGAAGUUCUGGGGAAAGAGCGUAGAAGCUGAACCCAGAGGGACAAUCACCUUAGAGCUAUCCAAGCACAAAGAUGUCUAUACAUGGACGAAUCCCACUUGCUGCGUACACAACGUCAUUAUUGGAAAACUGUGGAUAGAGCAGUACGGCACAAUGGAGAUCGUAAACCACAGCACUGGGGAGAAGUGUGUCCUGAACUUCAAACCCUGUGGACUUUUUGGAAAAGAACUGCACAUAGUAGAAGGUUAUAUUCAGGAUAAGAAUAAAAAGAAGCUUUGUAUGAUUUACGGGAAAUGGACAGAGUGUAUGUGGAGUGUAGAUCCUGCUACAUAUGAAGCGCAUAAGAAGUCUGAAAAGAAAGGAGGUGAACAGAAGAAAAAUAAGCAGUAUGAUGAAUCUGUGAACCCUGAGACUGAUGAAGCCGAUGAUAUGCCUGAUGUUCAAGAGACAGUGCAGGUUAUAGCCGGCAGUAAACUACUUUGGAGGAUCAGCAGUCGACCCCCAAACUCUUCCCAGAUGUAUAACUUCACCAAUUUUGCUGUGGCCCUCAAUGAGCUUGACAAAGACUUGGAGUCCACAUUGGCUCCCACUGACUGUCGCUUAAGACCCGACAUCAGGUAUAUGGAGAAUGGAGAUCUCGAUCAAGCUAGUAAAGCAAAGGAAAGGUUAGAAGAAAAGCAGAGGGCAGCCCGAAGGGAGCGAGCAAAGACUGGCGAGGAGUGGAGAACAAGGUGGUUUACACAGGGGACUAACCCGCACACUAAGACUUCUGACUGGCUCUAUACUGGAGGAUACUUUGAUAGAAACUUCACAGACUGUCCCGACAUCUAUUGAUACCCUUCCCCUGGACUUUUUGUUUUACAUCAGACCUAGGCAUCAUAUCAACUUUUGCACCGGAGCCAAGGCUCACUGACUGUGUCUCUGCGGAGUGGGGUGUGCGUAUGUAUAUGUAGAUAUAUAUAUAUGCACACAUUUUUUUCUUUUUAGGAAACUUUAUUGUUCAAUCGGGGAAUUAUUAUUUAACAACAUUGGUUGCCAAAAAUAAAGCUUAUUUUUGUGCUAGUUUGUAUAUGCAAGUCAGUUAGGUGUAUACAAACGCACAAAGAGUAUGUAGCCAACAGUGCGGGGAUCGAUCACUUCCCAAAUUUUAAUCUUCCUUUGUCUGAAUAUGAUGACUAGUCACUAGUGAACAUGUGUCAAUCCCACCACUAAUGCUGGCUGCUGGUAUGUAAUCCUCUCUAUCUACUUACUGACUGUUUCCUUACUUUGUAAUCAGUGGUGACUGGAUCCACAAGUAUUGAAGCUUUCACCUUUUUUGAUUGGUCAUUAGGUUAAGGAUUGUGUGCAGGUGUAGAUUUUGUGAGCAUGGCUCAUAAACACUACGGGACUAGCGAUUUUAAGGAUCAUAGCUUAAAAGAUGCAGUAACCUCCCACAGCUUGAAAGCUGUGCUAUUCCGGCUAUCAGGGUAAAGUUGGAUUGUAAUUGACCUGAAUAGCUUAGCGCCACCUAUAGGUUGUGUGAAGGUUCUUUUGCAAAUGAUCUUGUAGAUCAUAGGGAUGAAACUUAAAAAUAUUUUUGGAAAUAAAAAAUAAAACUAUUUUAAUUUUAGGGUCUCUGUGUACUGGUACAGUGAUCUAGGCCACUGGAAUCACCAAGCUGUGGCUCUCCAGCUGUUGCAAAACCACACCUCUUAGAAUGUCCUAAAAGCCUUGUAGUUGUAGUUUUGCUAGAGCUGGAAAGUGACGUUGGAAAAUACGGCUUAAGGGUACGUUCACACGAGCGGAUCCACAGCGUAUAUUACGCUGCAGAUCCGCGACUGAAGGACCCCUACUGGGUGCCUUUAGAUGUGCUGCUCGGAGCCGCAAUCCGCCUCUACGAGCAGACACUGCUGCAAUGUUCGAGUUGCCGCGCAUGCACGGUGUACUCGCACACAUCACAGCCCCUUCCCCUGCUCCCUGAGCUAGGUCAAGAGUAGCCGCAAUGUGAGAGUAUACUGCGCAUGCGCGGCGACUCGCGCAUUGCAGUGUGUCUGCUCGGAGCGGCGGAUUGCCGCUCUGAGCAGGCACCUGUAAAGGCAGCAUACAGCGGUCCUUCAGCGGCGGAUCCGCAGCGCAAUAUGCUCAUAUUCCCCAGCUCAUACUCGUGCUGGCAUCUAAGCUGUGGGCCACACAUCCUCCUCACUGCCUUUAACUUAAGCAUGCAGGCUCAGGUGAUCUGUGUAUGUCAAUCACUAUAAUCUCCCAGAGUCUUUCCUAUGUCCCCCCUACACUCCCCACCUGCAUUAACAUUCACUUAAAUGCUAGCUAAGGUGAUCAGUGUCUGCCAAUCAUCAUCUCCUCCGUGAUCAGUCCACACUGGCAUCUACUCUGCACCCUCACGGUCUGCAUUGAUAAGCAUGCAAUCACAUGAUCUGCAUAUAUUACGAUUGAAAGUAAAGUGUUCAGCUUUGAAAACCAUACACUUUACUUUUUAUGUAGAUUGUGUCUCUAUCUAUAAAGUCACAGUGUACAUAAAUUACAUAACUUAUCCAGUACUGACCCUAAAUUACAUUCUGUAUUAUACUCCAGAGCUGCAAUUAACUAUUCUGCUGGUGAAGUCACUUGGGGAGAUUUAUCAAAACCUGUCCAGAGGAAAAGUUGCUGAGUUGCCCAUAGCAACCAAUCAGAUCGCUUCUUUCAUUUUUCAGAGGCCUCUUCAAAAAUGGAAGAAGCAAUCUGAUUGGUCGCUAUGGGCAACUCAGCAACUUUUCCUCUGGACAGGUUUUGAUAAAUCUCCCAUACGGUCUACAUACAUUGCAUUAUUUAUCAUGUACUGAUCCUGUAUUACACUCCAGAGCUGUACUCACUAUUCUGCUGGUGGAGUCUGUGUACAUACAUACAUUUCUUAUCCUGUACUGAUCCUGAGUUAUACUCCAGAGCUGUACUUACUAUUCUGCUGGUGGAGUCACUGUGUACAUACAUUACAUUACUUAUCCUGUACUUAUCCUGAGUUAUAUCCUGUAUUAUACUCCAGAGCUGUACUCACUAUUCAGCUGGUGGAGUCACUGUGUACAUACAUUACAUUACUUAUCCUGUACUAAUCCUGAGUUAUAUCCUGUAUUAUACUCCAGAGCUGUACUCACUAUUCUGCUGGUGGAGUCACUGUGUACAUACAUUACAUUACUUAUCCUGUACUUAUCCUGAGUUAUAUCUUGUAUUAUACUCCAGAGCUGUACUUACUAUUCUCCUCGUGGGGUACUACAGCAAUAGAAAACUUGUCCCCUAUCCUCAGGAUAGGGGAUAAGUGUCUGAUCGCGGGGGGUCCAAGCACUGGGACCCCUCACGAUCUCCCGUACGGGGACCUGGCAUUGCUUCUACUCUGCACGGCUAAUGUGUGUUUAGUUGACCUUACUGAGGUCGACAUACGCCCCUCCAUUUAGCUCUAUGGGUGAGGCGGGGAGGCAUGAAUGCUGCAUCUCAGCCUUUCCAAUAGAGAUACAUGAAGGGGGCGUGUCUGCCUCUGCGACAUGCUGUGGCCGACACGCCUCCUGUACAGGAGAGCCGGGGGCCCCAUACAGGAGAUAGUGGGGGGGGGGGGGGGGCAGCGUUCUGACCCCCUGGAUCACACACUUAUCCCCUAUCCUGCCGGAUAAGUUUUCUAUCACUGCAUUACUCCUUUAAAGGGGCCCAGAAAACCCAUGGCACCAAUGCACAAAAAAUAACUCUUACCUACAAACAGAGAAGUUUUUUUCUUUCACUACAGGACUUAGCCCUUCCCAUACUAACAAUUGCCCAGAGGGAUCCUGGGAAUCAUGCAAUCUCUCUAAAUUAGGGAGUCUCCUUUUUCUGUCAGGUUUUUACCAGACAGCCAACUCUGGGGCAGCUGACAACCACUGUCGCCACAUUUGCCAUUCCCACAGGAUUUGUCACCUAACUUUCCCAGAUUCCUGAAUGGCAAAUCUGCCUAGCUACACAGAGAUGGAUCUCCUGCUCUCUUUAUCGCUGCUGAUCUAGGCAACUUUGGUGUUUAGGACAUGCUAGGCUGUCAUGUUGGCCAUAUUGGUUGUCUCCCAGCUUUCCUUGCAAUGUAUAAAAUUCAACCGGGAUUAUUAUUUUUAAUUUUAGGAGGAUUUCUUUUUGACGUGUAUGUGUGAGUCUGAUUGUGACUUUUAGGAAACUAUAUCCAAUACAGAUGGCGUCUGGUAGCUCUGAAUCACAGGUACCAGCUUUACAUGAGAAGGAUUGCAUACAACAUAUGUACAAAGGCCGUGCAUCCAGCAAUGUUUAUUGUACAUCACAACCACUAUGUCAGCAUCGGUGUCAGUGUGUGUGUGUGUGUGUGUGUGUGUGUGUGUGUGUGUGUGUGUGAGUGUGAGAGAAUAUUUAUAUUUAAGAAAUUGUGCAUACAGGUAUAUCCUUGUAUGUGUGUAUGUACAUACAUACCUAUAUGCGUAUAUGUUUAUAUAUAUAUAGAGAGAGAGAGUACAGCUGUAUAACAAAGCAAUAUUUAAUGUAAAGCCAAUUGAUUAAACUACAGAGGGGUUUUAUAGCAAGGGGAGGGGGACAAAACAGACAGAUAAAAUUGUGUUCUACUUGGUUUAUUAAAAAUAGCUGUGAUUAUGA